AAGCUGAAUCUGCACUUGAUAAAAGUGGUUUUCCCGGGAAAGUUACAAGGAGGCUCAGGCAAAUAUAUAAAUAUAUGAAUCUCGACGAGCAAUUGAGAGAAUUCGAGCGGGCGAAUUUUACAGCCAUUGCUGCAAUUUUCUACUGAACUUUGAAUGUUCCGUGCUCGGAAAACCUAACUGAGUUGGCCCUUGGUGUGAGCCUUCUUUCUGCUGUUUUUGAUGGGUGCUCCGAAGCAGAAAUGGACUAACCAAGAAGAAACAGCCCUGAAGGCUGGAGUUGUUAAACAUGGAGCUGGAAAGUGGCGAACAAUACUUAAGGAUCCUGAAUUCAGUGAUGUACUGUAUCUUCGUUCAAAUGUUGAUCUCAAGGAUAAGUGGAGAAACAUGAGCGUCAUGGCUAAUGGCUGGGGAUCCCGAGAUAAGGCGAGGUUGGCACUUAAGAGAUUGCAUGCUCCUAAAAAAGAUGAGAGUAUUGUGGCUCAAGGCAUUGCUGUCCAAAGUGAGGAUGAAUUUCCGGAAGCUAAGACUGUUUCCCUUUCCUUGGACAUCAAGCAGAUAGCUGGUCCAAAGCAAUCAAAUGUAAGAAACGAAGAGGAAGAUGAAGAAGAAGAAGAAAAAGAAGUAGAAAGAACAGAAAGAGAUGCAAUGUAUGAUUGUCAUAGGUUAGACAAUCUUAUAAUUGAGGCAAUUUCUACCUUGAGAGAACGUAGUGGCUCUAUUAAGAAUAGCAUUGCUUUAUAUAUAGAGGAUCAGUACUGGGCUCCUCCAGACUUCAAGCGGUUGUUAUCAUCGAAAUUGAAGUUCUUAACAGCUAGUGGUAAACUGGUUAAGGUUAAACGGAGAUACAGGCUCGCUCCAACGGUGUCUUCUUGCGAGAGAAGGGGCUCUAUGUUAUUGUUGGACGACCAGCAUAGAGCCUCUGUGAGAGAUAACAGAGAUGAAAUUUGUACACUUGCAAAAGCUCAAAUGGAUCUCGAAUUGGCGAAGAUGAGGACCAUGACAUCCGAAGAGGCAGCUGCUGUUGCUGCUCGAGCAGUUGCAGAAGCCGAAGCAGCAAUAGCAGAGGCCGAAGAGGCUGCAAGGGAAGCCGAGGCAGCUGAAGCAGAUGCUGCAGCAGCACAAUCAUUUGCAGAAGCUGCAAUGAAGACACUGAAAGGAAGAAAUCUUCCGAAGAUGCAGAUGGUUGGAGUUUGAUGGAAAGCAAUACCUGAUUUGGAAGUGUUAUGGCGCUGUUCUUAAAUUGAUCGGACAUGUUCUGCACUUACUAUCGGUAGAGCAUUGUAAGCAACCUCUCGCCCACCAUUUUCAACCACUUUUUGGGCAACUCGAGCAACAGGGUCAGACUUGGAUAUCUAAACAAGGGAAGUUGCCAUGGGGCUUAGUUAGUUGCAGGUAAAAAAAUGUAUAUUUCUUGUAGUAUAGGAAAUCUGGUGUUGAUGAAUUAUUACCAUUGUUAAUUUUGAUAGGCUAAGCUUGUCCUCCAACUUUGAAGUUGAAAUUAGUGUAAACAAGCUUUUUUUUAUA